GACCCUGCCUUCACUCAGUAGAUACAAUCAUAGAAACAUGUCAUGUUGUAUGUUUCUGAGAGGUAAUGCUGACCGGAUAGCAGGGCAGCUGUAGGAGCUGUCUCCUGGACUGGGCCCUAAAAGAUGGAGUUUACUGGGCAGAGACAAUGGGAUCUUGGCAGAAGGAACUACAAGUUAAAAGGGAAAGAGAUCUGCAGGUACUCAUUCAGGAACAGUGGGACUCAGAAAUUCAAUAUAGAACAUUGGAGUUAGGACUUCAGCAUGUGAGUGGGUCUGGGGUGUAAAAACAUUCAGUUCGGGGCUGGAGAGAUGGCUCAGCGGUUAAGAGCACUGGCUGUUCUUCCAGAGGACCCGGGUCCAAUUCCUAGCACCCACAUGACAGCUAACAACUGUCUGUAACUCUAGUUUCUGGGGAUCUGAUACCUUCACACCAAUUCACAUAAAAUAAAGUUAACUAAAUUAUUAAAAAACAAUUCAGUUCAUUCUGAGGAGGGAAACCCCACAAAGAGAAAGAUAUGUUGCUACCAAAGAACACUUGGAAGAUCAGGGCUGAGGCCUGAACCAGAGCAGUUUGGGAGCUGUUAAGUAACUGAAGCCCUAGGUGUUUAAUAGCCUAGGGAUACAGGGCUGUGGUGUUUGGAUGCCUGUAAUACCAGCACUUGGGAGAGGCACAGUUAUCAUUUCAAGGUCAUCCUUGACUGCGCAGGUAGUUUGAGGCCAGUCUGAACUACGUGAAACCCUUUCUCCAAGAGUUAAAAUUACUCAAAAAAGCAAUGUAAAAGAAAAAUAGGCCAUGUCAGGGUGGGAAAAAUGACUCCUGAGGGCACAGGAGCCCCUAAAGAUGAAGGAGAAGGUGAGUAGGUAGAAAGAAUCAAAAGUGAAGAUGAAGCCAGGUGGUGGCAGUGGCAGAGGCAGGUGAGUUCAAGGACCACCUGGACUACAGGAAGAAACUCUUUGCGGGGAUGGGGGGCAGUGAAGAUGAAUUGUAUGAUUAUCCCUUCCAGACUUUAAUGAAAUGGGCCUAGAGUGGCCUAGAGGUCCUAUGUUAUAGGUGCAAGUGGCUUCCUACUUAAACCGUGGGGAGGGCUGGGCCGGAUUGCAUCACUGAGUAGGAAGGAAAUCUGGUGUGACAUCGCUUUCGGGAGGGUUUAGGAAGGAAAUAUAAAUGAUAUAAAGCAUCGAGAUGAGGGACUGUAUAGCUCAGGGUGCCUUCAUGGCACCUGCCGUGAUCUCACUGGUUCCUCUGAGCAUCUCUGGGAGGUGGCUGACAAAUCUGCCUAGAGCAGCACAGCGACGACAUCGGACCGCGACUCUAGAUCGGCUGGACGGCUCCCAGGACACUGGGGCUGACUUUACUUGUUCACCCCGCGCGAAGGCUGGGGCCUGGCUGUGCCGCAGCACACCAAGCGGGGAAUGACGGGAAGACUCGGCCGGCGUGCUGGCUCCAAUGGAAAACUCAAAACAAGCGCUCCCCGGAGGCUUGCAUCCGUUCGGACCAAUCCCCUAAAGCGGUGUUUGUCAUCUAGCCCAAUGAGCCCCGGCUCUUCGGCCACCUCACAUCAAACCGCCCUCUGAUUGGUUCAUCUUUUCGGACCGCGGCGUUGCCCCAGCAACCGAACUGUGGGACGCGGAGGGGCCUCCAGGCUGCUAAAUCAAACCCUGGAGCUCUUCCUUCACCUACCCUGCGGGUUUCCUGCACCAUGUCGGUGCGGACUCUGCCGCUGCUCUUUUUGAACUUGGGCGGGGAGAUGCUUUAUGUCCUGGACCAGCGGCUGAGGGCCCAGAACAUCCCCGGAGACAAGGCCCGCAAAGUUCUAAACGACAUCAUCUCAACCAUGUUCAACAGAAAGUUUAUGGAGGAACUGUUCAAACCCCAGGAGCUGUACUCGAAAAAGGCCCUGAGGACGGUGUACGACCGCCUGGCUCACGCCUCCAUUAUGCGACUGAACCAAGCCAGCAUGGAUAAGCUCUAUGACCUGAUGACCAUGGCUUUCAAAUACCAAGUGCUGCUGUGUCCUCGCCCCAAAGAUGUGCUGCUGGUCACUUUCAACCAUUUAGACUCCAUCAAGGGAUUCAUCUGUGACUCCCCAACCAUCCUGCAUCAAGUAGACGAGACCUUCCGGCAGCUAAUAGAAAUAUAUGGGAGUCUCUCUGCCGGGGAGUUCCAGUUGAUCCGGCAGACACUGCUCAUCUUCUUCCAAGACCUGCAUAUCCGAGUAUCCACAUUUCUAAAGGACAAAGUUCAAAAUUCUAAUGGUCGCUUUGUAUUGCCAGUGUCCGGGCCUGUUCCCUGGGGAACUGAAGUUCCUGGAGUCAUCAGAAUGUUCAACGACAAAGGCGAAGAAGUGAAGAAGAUAGAAUUCAAGCAUGGCGGAGACUAUGUUGCUGCACAUAAGGAAGGUUCUUUUGAGCUGUAUGGAGCUAGAGUCUUGAAACUGGGAACUAACAUGUACAGCGUGAAUCGGCCUGUCGAAACUCAUAUGUCUGCAACAUCAAAUAACUUAGCCUCAAGGACACAGGAAAACAUUGCUCCAAACCCUCUUGCCAAAGAAGAGCUGAAUUUCUUGGCCAGGCUAAUGGGAGGGAUGGAAAUCAAGAAAACGAGCGGCCCUGAACCAGGAUUCCGGUUGAAUCUGUUUACGACGGAUGAAGAGGAGGAACACGCAGCACUGUCCAGGCCAGAGGAGUUAUCCUAUGAAGUCAUCAACAUACAGGCUACACAGGACCAGCAGCGGAAUGAGGAGUUGGCCCGGAUCAUGGGGGAGUUUGAGAUCACAGAGCAGCCGGAGAUCACAGGGCAGAGCGCAAGCAAGGGAGAUGACUUGCUCGCCAUGAUGGACAGGUUAUAGAAGUACCAUGGGCACCCCUACCACUCCCGCAAGAUGCUGCCUGAGGAGCACCCUGGGGACAGAUG